CAGACGGACGCGUAUUUAUCAACGAUGGAACUCGUUAUCACUCGGAACCCUGCUUCAAUGGGUACAAAAAUAGUCGGACUAAAACAAAUUAGUCGUUCGGGAUAGCGCAAUCAAAAAUGAGACUACUUUCUUUCGCUGCCACAGUCUGUGCGAUUCUGUGCUGUUGUUACGUUGCACCCUCGUACGGAUCAACGAUCCUGGCAGUGUUCCCAAGCACCAGCAAAACAAACUACCUUUUCGGACAAGUGCUGUUCGAGGAGCUGGCCGCGCGUGGUCAUCGGAUAACAGUGAUAAGCCCGUUCGAGAUUCAGUAUGACAGUGAGAACAUCAAACAAAUCAAGCUGACCGGCAUGUUCGCCCACUUGGAAGAUUAUGGUAUGAACUCGAACAUCUUCACGAAAUGGGAUAGAUCUAGUUUCUAUGGGAAUAAUAACAUGGUCUACGGAACGGCUGCCAUGGCCGAGUACACCCUUGGACAUCCGGCGGUACAGGAGCUGCUCAAGUCAGACGAAACGCUCGAUCUGUUGAUCUUGGAUCAGGUGCUAACGGAUAGUUUGUUGGGCUUGGCUCUUCACUAUCAAAUUCCAGCGAUCGUGUACAGUUCGACUGCAACGAACAAGUUCACCAACGAGAUGGUGGCCAAUCCGCACAAUCCGGCUUAUAAUCCAAUAAGCGACCUCGGAUAUUCCGAUCAAAUGUCCUUCACUCAACGGCUGUGGAAUACGAUGGUUUCCGUUUCGGAACAGUUCAACUACAAGUAUCUGUAUCUUCCGGCGCAGGAAGCAGUCUAUCAACGACACUUUGUUAGAAAAAAUCUACCCCCGUUGUUGGAUCUGAUCCACAACGUAAGUUUGGUGCUGGUCAACUCACACCCGGUGAUAAACUAUCCGCGACCUCUGGUUCCGAGUAUGAUCGAGGUCGGAGGUCUCCAUUUGCGAAAAUUUAACGAGUCUGGAUUGUCGGAGGACGUAAUCAAUUGGGUAGAAGCCGCCAAGAAAGGUGUAGUCUACUUCAGCCUGGGAGCAAACACCAAGUCCACCGAUUUGCCGGCUAAUGUACGAAAGGCGUUCACGGCGGCAUUUUCCCAACUGUCGGGAACGUUGAUCCUUUGGAAGUGGGAGAAUGCUACGUUGGAAAAUCAAACAUCCAACGUGAUCAUUGGACCGUGGAUGCCGCAGCAGGAACUGCUGGCUCAUCCGAAUGUUAGGUUGCAUAUCACCCACGGAGGGUUGCUGGGAAUGAUGGAAUCGGUGCACUAUGGUAAACCGAUACUCGGCAUACCACUCGCCGGGGAUCAGGAGAUUUUGGUAGAUCGCGCCGUCCGGUCUGGCUACGGAUUGAAGCUGAACUAUCAGAAUAUUACCGAAGAGAUUGUUCUGAAUUCGAUCAGGCGAAUUUUGGAGGACAAUUCGUUUCGAACGAACGCUCUCAAGGCAUCCUCACAUUUUCGGGAGCAUCCCGUGCCACCAUUGGAUAAGGCCAUUUACUAUAUUGAAUACGUUCUGAGGAAAGACGGAGGAAUAGCAAAUCUUCGAACGGGUGCUUUGAAACUGAAUUUCUGGGAACGUCAUCUGGUUGAUGUGGUUCUGGGCUUUGUCGGAAUUUGUCUGGUGCCAGUGACACUGAUUGCGACGAUAAUUCAAAUGAUUCUUCGGAAAACUCACAGCAAAAAGCUAGCGACCGCUAACGGUGGGAAACCCACGGGGAGCAGGAAAGGUGCGAUGAACAAAAAGACUAAUUAGAUUCGGUGAAAUAUGCUAUUUGAAUGUGUGAUUAAAAAUGGAGAUACCAUCAAUGUAUUUU